AUUGAGCCAACAAUUAGUAUCAAAGUAAGGGCUCCAAUUUGAAGGUUUAACAACCUAGGAGUUGAUUGGCGAUGGCUAAAUUUCAAGUUUCUCAACCACUUGAAGAUUUAUCUACCACUGAGCCUCCUUUCUUUGAUGGUACUAAUUAUAAGUAUUGGAAGAAUAGGAUGAAGGUUUACAUGCUUGCAAAUGAGCCUAAGGCAUGGAUUGUGACUACAAAGUGUCCAUAUGUGCCCAUGAAUGUUGUUGGAGAAAAUGAGAUGCAGAAGGAAGAAGUUGAAUGGAAUGAUGAAGACUUAGGGAAGAUCAUGAUCAACAACAAAGCAAUCAACAUGCUUCAAUGUGCUCUCAAUCCAACGAAAUUCAAUAGAAUGAAACUAGAGGAGAGCAUUCAAGAUAUGUAUACAAGAUUGAAUGAUAUAGUCACAAAUCUCAAGGCUCUUGGUAAAGUUUAUCCUUCUCAAGAAGUGGUGAGGAAGGUUCUUAGAAGCUUGCCUAAGAAUUGGGAAGCCAAGAAGACCACAAUUGAAGAGUCUAAAGAUCUCAACACCCUCAAGCUUGAUUAUCACAUUGGAAAAUUGAUGACAUAUAAGAUGGAUAUUCAAGUUGAUGAAAGUGAAGAUGAUGCUAGUAAUGAUGAGUCUAGCAAUGAGGAGGACAUCACCAAAUUGGUUUCAAAGGAAGUGAAGCAAUACAUGAAGAUCCUCAAAGGGAAAUCCUUUAGAAGAAACAAGGAAAUUCACUAUUCUAGAGGAAGAAUAUGUAGUGAUGAUGAUGAUAGAGGAAAGCCAAGUAAGAAGCAUAUCCAAUGCUAUGAGUGCAACAAGAUGGGGAAUUACAAAAAUGAAUGCCCUCAAUUGAAGAAGGAUGAGAGGAAAGACAAGAAGAGCAUGAAGAAGAAAGCUUUUGCCACCACUUAGGGUGAUGAUGAGACUAGCUCAAUAGAAAGUGAAAGCUCCUUGGACAAUGGUGUUGCAGAUCUUUGCUUCAUGGUUCAAGAGGAUAACCACAAUGAUGAGGAGGUAAACUCUAACUUCUCUAGUUCAAUUAAUGAAAAUUCCUUUGAGUA